GAUCACAUGUUUCUUCAAGCCAAAGCUGAACAGGAAGAAGAGUUCAUCUCCAACACUCUGCUAAAGAAGAUCCAAGCAUUGAAGAAAGAGAAGGAAUCACUAGCUCACCAUUAUGAGAGAGAAGAAGAGUGUUUGACAAAUGAUCUUUCCAGGAAGUUGACUCAGCUUAGACAGGAGAAGUGUCGUUUAGAACAAACACUUGAACAGGAACAGGAGUGCCUUGUGAAUCGACUGAUGAGAAAAAUAGAGAAACUUGAAGCAGAAACACUUGCUAAACAGAGCAAUCUUGAGCAAUUACGUAGAGAAAAGGUGGAACUAGAGAACACCUUAGAACAAGAGCAGGAGGCGCUGGUGAACAAGCUAUGGAAGCGCAUGGAUAAACUUGAAGCGGAGAAGCGCACUUUACAAAUCAAGCUAGAUCAACCGGUAUCAGAUCCAGCAAGUCCGAGGGACAUUAGCAACGGCGAUACGGCCGUCAACUUGAGCGCUCACAUCCAGACGCUUCGACAGGAGGUAGCCAGGCUGAGGCAGCAGUUGGCCGUCAGUCAGCAGGAACAUACGCAGAAAAUGCAGCGGUAUGCGCAGGAGGAACGUAGCAUCAGGGAAGAAAAUCUUAGGCUCCAAAGAAAGCUGCAGCUGGAAGUGGAAAGAAGAGAAGCGUUAUGCCGCCACCUCUCGGAGAGUGAGAGUUCCCUAGAAAUGGAAGAGGAGCGGCAUUACAACGAGCAGGUUCUAGGUGUUAGACAACAUACUGUGUCACCUAUUCCAAAUUACAAUCCAUCGCCAAGUCAGAGUCGUCCAUUGAGCCCAGGUUUAUCGUCGAUGGGUGCCCCAUCUCCGCGCGACUCGCUAGUAGGCUGCGCCACCCCCAGGUGUCACUCGUGCGGCCAGCUGAUGUCUUCAUCCGCGGGCACUUCUACACCGCUGCCGGGAAGCCAGGCGUCACCAGGUGGCGCUGGAGGUCACCGUCGACCGCCCGGCGAACGGUUUGUUAAGCCAGCGGUGCCGCCCGUUGCGCCAGCCACACCGCCGCCCCCGCAACUGGUGCCGCCCGCACCUGCUAGCCCGAUGGAUACUAGCAUGGCGAAAGACUAAGGUGGGUUGAAUUUUGACUACGUGCGAGUGAUUUUGAAGGUAAAAUGGUGGUUAUUAAUGAGACAAAGAUAAGAUAGGUAUUCACAAGUUAAAGAUACCAGUGCCGUAGGUUGAAAUUGGUGAAUACGGGCUUUCAGUGAUACUACCUCAACGGCAACUGUGGUGUGUGAGACGCCUUUAUCUACGAUAAAAUAAAAUAAUCUUACUCGUCAGAAUGGGCCAAUAAAUUACGUUCAGUGAAAAACUCGAAAAUUAUCUGUCAAACAUCGCCUAAAUCAUAAACGAUGAGAGGUCUUACGUCAGACAGAACUCGAAAUAAUAAUUGUUUGCAUUUUAUUCCACCAUCUAAACUAUAAUAUGCAUAAUUAUGAUUAUUAUUACUUUCAUAGAAACAGCAUUAUCAUUAUUUGCCCGUAUUUCAUACAAUACUUUGAAAUUGCCUUGAAACUAGACAUAACUAGAUAGUUGUCUGACAUGUAAAACAAAUUACCAAAUGUUAUCUAAACUAUUCUUGGAUGCAGUUUAUGUGCCAUCGCCAACAUAUAGAGGCUGGUGUUGACAAUCGAAAAUUCCAGAACAUGCAAACCUAAAAGUUCUGCAAAGUAGAUUAAAAGCAAGAUUAUGGUCAACAAAAGUUUGUAGAACUCUAAUUCUGCUAACAUGCAUCUUUGUUGGAAAAAUUGAUUCAAUCUCAUACAUUGCCAUAGAAUGAUUCUUAGUACAAAUCAGUUUCUGGUACACCCGUUAUUAUGUGAUGACACUACCAGCGGCUGAACCAUAGCGCUGUCUUUAAAAUGAUUUAUAUGAAAUGAACUGGCUAUGAACAUAACCAGGAUACGUGUUUAUAUCAUAUUGGCUUGCUUCAGCCACUGAGUGAGGCUUUUGACUGUUGCACAAAUGCUGCAUCAUUUUGGACAUUUGCUGAAAUGUCUACAUAUCCAGUAGGUUGGAUUAUAAUUCCUUGUUUUUCCAGAUACUUGCAAGAAAGCUCCGCAGCAUUUCCAGUUUAACAUGUAUCGGUUAUAAUAAAUAUACAUUUCUCUGUUCACUCUUUAACAGCCGACUUUAGGCAGCUGGAUUUUCUGAUUCCAUUUUGGUUGCACAUUUUUGCUUUCAAUAUGGUUUUUAUAUACUAUAUUCAUAUUCAUAUAUGUGUACUUAUAUAUAAUAUGGAAAUUGCCACUUCAUGUGUAAAUCUCGGAGCUUUUUUACUGUAAGCUCUUGCUGUUUUUAAGUAAAUGUUUAUAUUAAGAUGUGAUGUAAUGAAAUGAAUAUUUUUUGGUAAACUUCACUUUAUUACUAGAGAGGUACAAUCGCGUGGCUUUGGAAUGUGAUCACUAAUCCUUUUUGGAUAUUUUUAUCUUGAUUGGAUGUCUUAGAUUCGUGAAAUUUCAAUUUUCUUAUUAUUAAUUACUGUAUCGUAAAUGCCAUUUGAUUUAAUGAAUCAUCAUUUUCCUUAAAAAUGGAUAUAUUCCACUAUAAUAGUUGAAACAUUCUAAAAGGAUGUGAUUUUACCUCUUUUAUUGCCAACUUCACAUUGCAUGUGAUAUUUAAAUGAUAAAAUUUGUAGCGACUCUUAGUAUUUUCCAUUUUAAGAAGAGUGCUCAUCAUUAGAAGGAGAGAGAGAGAGAGAGAGGGAGAGAGUAAUAGAGUUAUGCCAUAUUUGUUUUAUUUUUGAACUAAUACUUUAUUCUAGUUCAAGAACGAAAUUGAACAUUUAACUGUUUAGCGCAGCAUUGCCUCAGAUAUUAUCUUGGAAGACUCACUAUAUUUUCGUCACGAACUGAAAUUAAUCAUGCUUGUUUCUUUUUCGAAUAUUCAUGAAAAAUCAAUUGUUUAAAUUCGAAAUGGUCUCAUUUGCUUUUCAGGAAAUAAUUAUUAGUUUUUAAUGUGACAGUGCUUUGCACACUAUUUACAAUCAGUUUAUGAAACCUAGCUAUACACUAACAGCAAUAUGAAACAGUGUAGUGCUAUUUUCAUACCUUAUAUUUUUAGUAUGGAAAAAUUAGUAUAACAGUUUUUGCUUUUGCUUAAGUUUUCUUCACGUGGAUGAUAGCACUAAUAACUGUAUAUUUUAUAUUUUCGAGUUCCACACAGAACUGCAAAACUAUAAAGACUAUUCUUUAGUUUAGGUAGAUAUCUAGAAGGUGUAUUAACAUAUUCGCAAAAAUACGCUGAUGUUCCAUUGGUUCGUUUAAAAGUGAUAUUAUGAAAGAAAAUAGACUUUCCAAAAAAAAAAUCUGAAAUUGUAUUUCCUUGGUCAUAUAGCUAUAAUUUCUUAAGUUAUGGUGCACAUUUGUUAAGAUUAUUUGUUAAAAGUAUCAUUUUUAUAACGCCGUUUUAAACAUUCAGAAAUAACUUUUGUUUGCUAUUCAUAGUUUGUUCAUCGUUUUGUAUUUUCCUUAAGGUAUGGAUUCAUUUUUCCAGUUUGUACUGAAGGUGAGCGUUGUAUUGAUUUCUAAAUAAAACUAUAUUUGAAGA